AUGUCAGACUCUAGCACCUCUCCAUCGUGGCUAUCUGCGCUGUCGACGAGCAAUGGCAGGAAUGCUCUGCUUCUGGGCUCGAUCGCUGUCGGCUCGUCGAUAGCCACCGCUGCCGCCAUCUUUGGAACACAACGCAUCACACGGCGGAAGAAGCGUCAAGACCUCUCUGACACUGUCACCAAGUCAGCCAACGCUCAAGGCGCGGACCGCCUUCAGCGCUUUGAUCUCGAUCGCGACGAGGCCUCCUCCACCGACGGAGGCACGCCACGCUACCUCUCGGGUCUACAAAGCAACUCGCUACGGCCUACAUCGCAUCUGCGCAACGCGACGAGCUUCUCAUCCAGUCUUCCACAGUCCCCCGCUGGUCCAUCUCGCGCCGACACCGCCGGCCGCAAUGUACCUUUCGCCCGCAAGCGUCAACCCUCCGUCGAGCAAUGGGACGAGUCUUUGAUCCGCGAACAACUCUCGCGCAACUACAGCUUUCUCGGUGAAGAGGGUAUGACGGCGAUUCGCAACUCGUUCGUCAUCGUCGUCGGUGCGGGAGGCGUAGGCUCGUGGGCAGCGCUCAUGCUCCUUCGCUCCGGCAUCUCCAAGUUGCGCCUCAUCGAUUUUGACCAGGUGUCGCUCUCGUCGCUCAAUCGCCACGCCUGUGCUACGCUCGAGGAUGUUGGACGACCAAAAGUGGUGUGUUGCGCCGAGAAAUUUGCGCAGAUCGCUCCAUGGGCCAAGCUCGAAGCAUGGGUAGAGCUGUUCAAGGGCGAUGAGGCGGAAAGACUUCUGGGUGGUAACCCAACGUAUGUCGUCGAUGCGAUUGACAAUAUCGAUACCAAGGUGGAUCUGCUGCGGUUCUGCGCGGAGCGAAAGAUCAAGGUGAUCAGCUCGAUGGGCGCGGGAGCCAAGAGCGAUCCGAGUCGCAUCCAGAUUUCGGACAUCAGCGUGACGUCGGAGGAUCCGCUUGCGAGGAGCGUGCGGAGAAGGUUGCGGGCGCUAGGAUUGCCGCCCAUCCCGCCAAAGGAGGUCGAGGAGAAGGCCAAGCGCGAGGCGGAACAGCUCGAGAAGGCACAGACGAAGGGCAAGCCUCAGCGUCCGAAUAACCUCGGCAAGGGCAAGAAGGGCGGUGACAAGCAGAAGUUGGAUGUGCCAGCAGCUGAAGCGGACCUCGACCGUACACCGAUGAAGGCGAGCCCCAGCGACGGACUCUCGAGCAAAGCGGCGGGCGGGGACAGCAGCGGGGCUUCCUCACCCACACUCGCUACGAGUGCAAGCCGCAACCUUCGCACAAAGAUAUCGUCUUCACCCUCUCCGCUCGCUUCUCGUAGCGGCAGCUCUUCCGACCUCACCUCGCUCAACACCUCCAGCACCGACAGCGCAUACGCACCUGCAUCCGGGCUCAGCUCCAGGGCUGUUUCCUCAUCAAUGCCUCAGCCACCACGACACAGCCGACGAGCGAGCAGCGUGUCCUCCUUUGGCUCAGGAGCGUACGCGACACCGAUGACCACACCUUCAGACGAGAUGGCUGCGCUCCUUCCGGACGGAGACACCAGCUUCCAAGCGCUCGAUGGGGACGAGAGCGCCAUUGCCGAACCCGACACCAGCACCCUCGCACCCGUCCUCGAUCGCCGCACAUCGCAAAGCAGCGCCGCUGCGUCCGACGCUACCGCUGUCGACCUUGCCGCGCACACCGCUCCACGCACCGCCAUCACCAACACGAUGCGACGCCGCGUCUCGGACAUGGAAGAGCUCUCCCCCUCUCCCUCUCCCUCCUCGCCCGCCCUCUCACGCUCCACCUCGUUCAAACCUACCCUCCCCACCACGCCCGCCGAGGAGACGACCGAACCGACGUUCUUCAUCCCGUGCGUCUACUCUACCGAGAAAUCCGACACACGACUCCUUCCCUUGGACGACGCCGAGUUCGCGCGGGGCAACGUGGACGAGCUAGCCGCAUUGGAAGACUUUCGAGUUCGAAUCCUUCCCGUCCUCGGCCCCCUUCCAGCCAUGUUCGGCCUUGCCGUGGCCACCUUCAUCCUGUGCGAAAUUGGAGGACAAAAGAUGGAACCACUCGCCUUCAAAGGUCGACGCAAACUCUACGAGAAGCUCUUCCACGACCUCUCGGUGUCCGAAUCGCGUCAUCCUCUCCCCGGCACCCAACCGAGGAAGGACGCCCAAGAGGGUCCGAGACACUACAUCCCGUUUAGCGUCAACGACAUCGCCUAUCUGUUCGAGGAGGUUUUCCGGGGUCGAAGCGUUGUGCCGCCGUUCGAUAGUUUGAGCGGGGCCCAGUUGGAGAGGUGGGAUUCGACGUUGCCGUUGAGCUUUCAAAAUGUGGCGUUGUUCUCGAGGGCCCAGGCGAAAGUGCAUGAACGCGAGGUGCUAGGGAAGGGGAGGAGCCCGGUGGAGGUAUGGGGUGGUGACGCGGCGAAUAUGGUGAGGAGAAGGAUGGCGAGCGAACGCCGAAGUGGGUUCUUCCGAUUCUAA